UUUGACACAGCUCCAUGUUGUGAAGUAUUCGUGUGGAAGUAGCUUAGAAAGAUAAGAAGUUAAACUUCUUUUUUGCACUUUGUAAAAUCAUGCAGGCAGCUCCUCCUGUUGACACUGUCAUACAGGCAGUCCAAACUCUGUAUCACAAUCCAGAUGUUGCCGAAAAGGAAAGAGCAUCGACAUGGCUUGGAGAUUUUCAACGAUCGAUUUAUGCAUGGCAAAUCUCUGAUGAAUUACUCCAACGAAAACAAGAUGUGGAAUCGUGUUAUAUUGCAGCACAGACCAUGCGUACUAAGAUCCAAUACUCUUUCCAUGAGCUUCCAGUUGAAUCGCACGAAUCUCUACGGAAUUCACUUAUUAACCAUAUCGAGGUACUCAGUGAUCCCAACUUUCAAGUUAUCAUGACCCAGCUGUGUCUUGCCCUCGCUGAUCUUGCACUUCAGAUGCCCCAGUGGCGUAAUUCAGCAAGUUUUUUAAUUCAAAAAUUUAGCAGUAAUCAGACACAUGUACCAAUCUUGCUGGAGAUUUUAAUAGUCCUUCCAGAGGAGAUCCAUAGUAGGUCGCUACGUCUAGGGCAGAAUCGACGUGAAGAAUUCUCACAAGAACUUACAGAGUCUGCUCCAGCUGUUCUCAAUUUAUUGACAGCAUGUAGUGAAACCUACCAAAAUGAUCAUAGAAUUUUAGGCCGAGUUUUCAAGUGUCUAGCAAGUUGGUUUUAUCUGCAAAGCUUACCGACACGUGAAGUCGCUGGUAGUAAAAUACUCACAGUCAACUUUCAAGUACUUAUGAACCAUAAUACGCCAUCAAUGCUGCAUGAGGCAGCCAGUGACAAUGUCGUAGCUGCGUUAUAUUCCAUGGAGGAUAUAGAAGAGCAUCCAGAGCUAGCACAUGCACUGUACCAAGGUGUAAUGCAACUCCAUGAGGCAUACCACAUGGCUGUAGCAGAAGAAGACAUAGACAAAUGUGUAAACUAUAGUAGGAUAUUUACAGAGCUUGCUGAAGCUUUCUUAGAAGUCAUGGUAGAGUCGCCAGGAAGGAAUUUAGGUGAUCUUCGAAUUUUAGGAGCUGUUUUGGACUGUGUAGGGCACUGCCAAUAUGAAGUAGCCGAGAUCACAUUUAAUUUCUGGUACAGAAUGUCAGAGAUAUUAUACAAACGUGAUAGCCAGAUUUUAAACGAUGUAUUCAGGCCGUACAUACACAGGUUAAUUACGGCACUGGCCGGACAUUGCCAGCUAGACCCAGACCAUGAAGGAAUUCCGGAUGAGCAUGAUGAAUUUGGUGAUUUUCGUAUGCGAGUAUCUGACUUAGUAAAAGAUGUGGUUUACCUGGUCGGGUCAACAACAUGCUUUGAACAAAUGUUCAACAACCUUGCCAGUCAUCAAGGAGGUGCAUCAUGGGAAAUCACAGAAGCAGCUCUCUUCACAAUGACUGCUGUUGCAAAAAAUAUUCUUCCGGAAGAGAAUGGAGUUGUACCACAUGUAUUACAAGCAAUAAUCAAUCUUCCACCCUCAACACAUGUUGCUGUCAAAUACACUAGUACCAGGAUGUUGGGACAACUUGCAGAAUGGAUUGAAAAACAUCCUGACUACCUAGAACCAAUUCUCAGCUUUUUAACGGACAAUCUACGCAUCGAUAGCCUAGCAUCAGUUGCUGCUACGUCUUUAAUGAAUCUAUGCUCAACUUGUCAAGAUCCAAUGAGAAAACACUUUGAUGGUCUUCUACAAAUUGUCCAAGCAAUGGACUCUUUCAAUUUAUCACAUGAAGCAGGUGUUGGAUUACUAAGAGGUUCUGCAAUGGUCCUCUCCAAGAUGCCUCUAGAUAAGAUAUGUGAAGGGCUCAAGCAGUUAGUUUAUGUACAAAUCACACCUCUAAGUCAGUCUUUAAAGUCUGGUGAAGUUGUCAAGUCCGGUGCCAAGGGAGAUCCAACAAUAUGGCUUGACAGAUUAGCUGAAAUCUUCAGGCACACAAAUCCAUUAGUUAUGAAUGGUGAAGCUCAUCCGUGCCAGCCCCUCAUUCAGGACAUCUGGCCAAUACUGUCCAGUGCCUGUGAACGAUACCAAGCAGAUGUUAAAAUCAUUGAGAGAUGUUGCCGGUGCUUGCGUUUCGCCAUCCGAUGCGUCGGUAUGGGCUCAGUGGUGCUUCUAAAUCCAUUAGUUACACAAAUGGUGAAUAUUUACCGAGUACAUCAGCACUCAUGCUUCUUGUACCUGGGAAGUAUUUUAGUAGAUGAGUAUGGGAAAGAUGAAGGAUGUAUAGCUGGUCUUUUAGAGAUGUUACAGGCAUUCAUUGUGCCAGCGUUCCAACUGCUACAGGGUGAGAAUGGUCUGCGAGAUCAUCCAGACACAGUCGAUGACCUUUUCAGACUGUGUGCAAGAUUCGUUCAACGAAACCCACUUGCAAUCCUUGGUUCAUCCGUGAUGCAGUCAGUCUUAGAAUGUGCAAUCUUCGCCAUCACCUUAGCUCACCGGGAAGCUAACGCAUCUGUCAUGAAGUUCUUCCGUGAUCUUAUUCACUGUGCAACAGAGAAACAGGAUAAAGAUGAUUUUGAGACACGUGUUACGCUUGUGAAACCAUUGUUGUUUUCUCACGGAGAGGAAAUCACAAAGGGAAUCAUCACAGCCUGUGUCUUUCACUUACCAUCCUUCAUGGUACCUGAUCAAGGAGAUGUCCUCUUCCUCCUGAUGAAGUUAGACCGAGCAGCUGUUUGUACCUGGCUUGAGACCACAUUGAAAUCAUUACCAACUCAAAACAGUGUUGGAACUGUGAAUGCUACACAGAAGCAGCUGACAGACUUCCAUAAAGCUGUCACAAAGUCGGAGAAUCAGAAAGAAAUAAUCUAUGCACUAAGAGACUUUGCCCGUUUAUUCAGAUAACAGGACCAAUUGCUUUAAGCUAGAAUGAUGUUGCUGGAUUGGACAGAAACACUCGAGAUUUCCAGCAGUGGACUUAAGUGUACAUUGUGCAUGAUGGAAUAUGGCAGAAAAGAUGCGACUUAAUUACUAAAAGUAGUCAGGAAGAAAUACGUUUUAGGUAGUUUUCGCAACAGAAUUUUUAAAUAUAUAUUUGCGAGAACUAUUUGAAAUAUUAAAUGUGCAGGCUGCCUUUCUGGUGGAUUAUGAAAAGAAGUUUUAUAAAUACAGAAUAGGAAGAUGUGAAUAUUCCAGUAAAUGUCAACCCUCUCACCAGUAUAAAAUAUAAAUUGACAUUCAAGUUAAUAUGUGAUCAGUGUGCCUAUAGAAUGGUUGUUCACAUGAAAUCUGGUCACAAGAAAUCAACUGGUGGUAAAAGAUGAAAAGGGCUAAGGAAACCAGUGCCAAUGUUAAAUAACCCAUUUAUAUUGAUCAAUCCUACAUUAUUUUGAUAAUGGGAGAAACCAAUGCCAAUCAUUUUUAAAUAAUCAAUGUCAGAAAUUCACUUUAGAUUUCUUAAGAGGCUGUAUUACAGAUGGAUUACGAAAAUGUUUCAACCGUAAUUUUAGAUUUCUUCGGAAUUAAAAUCUUGUCAAAGGUAUUCAAUUUCUGUAGCAGAGUAUAGGUCAAUAAUGAAAUUCUUUUAAUUCUUUGAUAAAUUAUACAUAAUUCUUCUAAUGGUACAAGUAAACAUUAUUGUUGAGCUGUUAUUUUCUUAAUCAAGUUGUGUAAUGCAAUCUUCAGUGCAUAUUGACCUUUUUAACUUUCAUAUUUUGUUGGUUGGUAAUUAUUAGUGCGAUAUAUAGUAUUACACUACAGUUAUUUUAUGUUGAAAUUGUAUAAUAUUUUUUUAAAGAUUGUGAAAAGUUAUUAGUAAUAGUGACUUUGAAUGUGUUAAAUUAUGUUGUGGUUACUCUUUGAUGAUGGUAUUUGAAAGAAUUUGUAUAUGUUAACUCUAAUACCUCUAUAUUGAGCAAUUGCAUGGUGUCAAAAGAAUGUAAUUGCAUUGAAUAAUUCAAAUAAUGUCAUACUGUAGUUAAAUAAUGUCUGGUAACUUAAUUUGAAAUUGUAAUUGAGUCACUAAUGUACAAGUUAAAUUAAGAUUGAUUGAUUUAAUCUCCAAUGAUGGGUUGAAAAUGACAACCAGUCUUCUUGCAUGGUGCAUCUAGCCAAGAAAAUCUGACAUUGCACAGAUCCAUUUUGUUGUUGUUAUUGGUUAACCAUUGCAAAUGUCAAAUCAGCUUACAGUAUUCAUUUAGCUUGCUAAGACAGAAUCUAAAAAGGAUCCAGUAAUGGAACAUUUUCUAAAGUAGAUUGCUUUUUGAUGUUAAGUUAAGGAAGAUUGUGAGUUAAAUUUAGUGACCCCAACUGCUCUUAGUCAUGGUGAAAAAUGUCAGAUUUGCUAACUUUCUUAGAAAAUUUGUUUAAACACAAAUAUUAUGUUUACCAAGCGUGCUGAAUGUCCUUACUCAAAAGCUUUGCUAUGUCUGUCUAUAUGUUCAUAUCAGUAUGAAAUGUCACAGUACAGUAUUUUUUUUAUAUUCAUUCUCAUCACAGCUUUAUUGUUGCUUGUUGAGGUAGUGGUGUUGCCUUUCUAAUUGGGGCUUUCUAAUUUGUGUAUGUGCACUUAUACAAGUGUAAUUCAGUUUCAUCUAGAAGUUAACCAUGUUUGUGUUCCAUGUUUUUUGUUUGUACAAGAUAUUGAUUUUGUUGCAAAGUUCUUCCACAUGUAUGGUUCUAACAGUCUUUUUUAAAGUUCUUAAUAAUCAUCAAUUUCUUGAGCACUGUGUUUAUUUUUCUGCUUCUAAUGAUUGUGCUUAGAAAAUUUUAUUUCUCUUGGUCCUGGAUCAAGGUAGUAUUUUAUCAUGUUUUUAUUUUUUUAGAUGUAAUAUCAUACAAAAGCCUGUUGCAUAUAUGUAAAGAUGUAUUUUCAUCAAAACACCUGAUUAAAAAAUACAAACAUUUU